AAAGGUGCCAGCAUGGCGUUCACUCUCUACGCGCUUAUUCAAACUGCUAUUUUAUGUGUAAAUGCUAUCGCAGUCUUGCACGAAGAGAGAUUCCUUAGUAAAAUUGGCUGGGGUGCUGAUCAAGGAAUUGGAGGCUUUGGCGAUGAACCAGGAAUCAAAUCUCAACUGAUGAACUUGAUUCGUUCUGUUAGGACAGUGAUGAGAGUUCCUUUGAUAAUAGUGAAUUCCAUCUGCAUUGUACUGCUGCUCCUUUUUGGAUAAGAAGCAGAGUGGACAACAGGACCCCCCCCAAAAAAAACACAAAAUGGACUGAACACAGGAAUGAAGACCAUAAAAACAAAAUGGACACAUUUCAUUAUCAAUAUCAUGAACAAUAUCCCCAUGGCUGCCAUCCCAGGGAAUAACAUCAGUUCCUGAUUCUCAUGAUUAUCCCAUAUGAAAUUCUUAGAUUCCACUUCAUAGAUUUUUUUUUUUUUUAUUUUAAAUAUACAUCUUUCAAUGCCUGUGAGUAGUUGCUGUUUUCUCACAUAUAUGUAAAAAAAGUUUUUCCAGACAAAUCUUUCAGUUGCUUUAUACGGGUGAUUGCCAAUUCAUAUGUAUACAGCUGCCUUCAAAAAAGUGCUAAGGUCAUUGUGGUGGGAAACAAAUGUCGGUGAUAGAGGGCAGCAGCAGAAUGCAAAUGGCACUGAUCCAAAUAGUAAUUGCUUGGUUUUGAAUAAAACCAGGCUUUUGACCACCCUCUUAAAAGUAGUGUUGCAGUCUAGUCACACUACAGAGGCUACAGUCAUGGGAGUUGACAAGGAACUUUCAGAGAGAUGUAAAUAUUCUGUGGGCCUGCUGCAUGGAUGGACUUUGGGGGAAAUAUAAAGUGGCAUAAACAUGCAACAGAGUGCAAUGGGAGAAGAUAAAUGGGAUACCUCUUUGGCUUUCUCUGGGCCUUUCCUGGAUAUUUUGUAAUCCAGUGCUGUGCUUGCAUUGGAAAACCCUGUCAUUUUAUUAAAUUUUGUG